AUGAUGACCUCCUUCUACUCUGGCGAAGGAAAAGAACGCUUGUUGUUGUCGCGUUGGUUUCAAGAUAUUGACAUCGCUAUCGCCUCGAGACUUCUCGAGGCUCUUCAAAGAAAGGUCAACUUCCUCUUUUCCCGUCUCACUGGUAAAGACAAGGUGUGGGCCUUGGGUAAACUCGUUGCGGACAAUCAUGCGUUCCCCACUUUGAAAGCCAUCCAGAGUGACCUUCGACUCGCCUUCGAGCCGCCACAGGAAGAGAAAUUGGUGCGAUCAAGGUUCCUGUUCUUGCAAUAG